AUGCUGUACGUCAGUUUUCUGGCUCUGCAUCUCUCUUUACUACCUUUGUGGCCCAAUGUGGUCCGUUCAACCAAUGUGACCGAUGAUGGUUUGGCAUUUCUCCCCCUCUGUAUCGAUCGACAUAGUUCUCGCCACCGCGUGUGUGACCCCCAUAAUCUGCUUUCUGAACAAAGCCGUCAUCUGUUGCAACUCGCUCUAGUCGCCGGUAUGUCACGCACUGUGUGUUUUUGCGGCGCGCCCUGCAGCGCGGAUACCACAUUAUCCUCCCGCAGAUUAGUCAUAGGUGCCCUGUUCCUAAAGGAGCUCCCCACGUGA